UCUUUCUCUCCUUUGCCAGAAAGAAAAUCAUCUUUUCAACUUCUCUCUCUCUCCCUUUCUCUUCUGGUGAAACUGUGGAACCCUAAUUUCUUCUCUUCCCUCUUCUCUUUUGGAUAAGGAGAACCCUAAAUUGCUCUCGCAAUCCCAAAUCCUUUUAUUAGGCGUACAUGCUAAUGAACCCAUCAGUAAAUCGAUGCGCUUUUUAGGUUUCCGGGAGAUUUCGACGACAUUUUGAUCUCACGAGAGAAGUGAAAGGGAUUUCUCAAAAAAAAAGGGUUUCGCCUUUUUGAUCUCUAAUCGAUGGCGAAAGGUACAGCCACUGGCGAGUCUCUGGUUGUUUCACAGGUUCGCACAGGUUGCAAAAGGGAAUUGCAAUUCAUGUUGAAAUCUCAGUCCGAGAUCUGUGGAGGCGAGUCUCUGGGUCGGACUCGAGGAAGCAGAAACUCGAAUAGCGACUCGAGAAGUGUGGAUUUCAAGAAAAGGACCCGUCUUCGUGGGAGUAGGAUAAAGAAGAUGCGUCUUGUGAAAGAUGAGGAUGUUGUAAUGUCUGACUCUGUGGAGGAAGAUGAUGUCAAGAGUGACGUUGUUGAUGUCGAUGAAGCGAAGGAAGUGUUUAGUGACUCUGCUUUGGUUGUUGAAUCAGAGAAGAUUGAGAGUGUGGUGGUGAUGAAUGAGGAGGAUCACUCCAGGGAGCAGCUUGGGAAGAGCUUGCCGGAAGUGAAAGACGCCGAGAAGGAGAGUCCGAGUGUGAUUGUGAGAGAGAUUGUUAUGGCAUGUCCUGCGGAUUUAAGUGAGUUAGCGAGAAUUACUUCAAGAUCUUGCCAUGUUAAGCUGAAAAGUGGUUUGGUUUAUGAGAAACCGGGCAGGAGGUUAACACGGUCCAUGUCGAAGUCUGAGAGUGUCAAAUCUGAGGCUAAUGGUGAUGAUGAAGAUCAUAUAAACCAAGAAAGCGAAGCUAAAUGUAGUGAAGAUGCUGAAGGUAUCAAAUCUGAGGCUAAUGUUGAUGAUGAAGAUCAUAUAAAUCAAGAAAGGAGUGAAGAUAGCUGUGUUGCUGAAGGUAGGAAACCUGAGGCUAAUGGUGAUGAUGAAGAUCAUAUAAAUCAAGAAAGGGAAGCUACAUGUGGCGAAGAUAACUGUGUUGCUGAAGGCAGCAAAUCUGAGGCUAAUGGUGAUCAAGAUCAUAUAAAUCCUGAGGACGCUAAAUGCAGCGAAGAUAGUUGUGUUGCUGAUGGUAGCAAAUCCGAGGCUAAUGGUGAUGUAGAAGAUCAUAUAAAUCAAGAAAGGGACGCUACAUGUAGCGAAGAUAAAUGUGUUGCUGAAGGUAGCAGAUCUGAGGCUAAUGGUAAUCAAGAUCAAAUAAACCAAGAAAGGGAGGCUAAUAGUAGCGAAGAUAGUUGUGUUGGUGUCAAAUCUGAGGCUAAUGGUGAUGAAGGUCUUAUAAAUCCUGAGAUGGACGCUAAAUGUAGCGAAGAUAGUUGUGUUGCAGAAGGUAGCAAAUCUGAGGCUAAUAGUGAUCAAGAUCAUAUAAAUCCUGAGAAAGACGCUAGAGAUAGUGAAGAAAGUUGUGUUGAUAAUUCUACUUUAGUGGCAUAUGAGAGGGAGGAGGAGCUUCAUGAGCAAAUUAGUGUGGAUCCAAGUGGAACACCACAGAUUAGUGGUGUUGAUAAGAAGGCAGUGAAUGAUACAGUAAAUACGCCUCUGAGGAGGUUUACUAGGUCAUUAGUCAAUCAAGAAAGCGAUUUGGAAAAUCCUAGUUUGGAGAAUCGUAUCGAAGCAGCAGGCGGGGCCAAGGUAGAUGUGUAUGCCAAUGAUGUCCAAAUGGGUGAUGUUCAAAGCCCUUCAAUUGUAACUCCCAACAGGCGUGGAAGGCCUAGGAAAUAUAUUAGGAGUUUCCCAUCGAAGCUGAAGGAACUUUUCGAUUCUAGAAUACUUGAUGGACUAACUGUAUACUACUACCUUCGAGGUGCAAAGAUGGGAGAGGCAGGGGCUAAAGGGCUGAAAGGAGUAAUAACAGGAUCAGGCGUUUUGUGCUUUUGUGGUGCCUGCAAAGGAACUCGAGUGGUAAGCCCCGCCGUGUACGAGCAGCAUGCUUCCAGCACAAACAAGCGCCCGCCUGAGUAUAUCUUGCUGGAGUCUGGAUGCACACUUCGUGAUGCCAUGAAUGCAAUCAAGGAGACUCCCUUUGAUAGGCUAGAAGAAAGACUUCGUGUGGUAGUUGGACCAGAUUUGAAGAAAUCUAGCCUUUGUUUCAAUUGCCAAGGUCCACUGGUUGAGCCUUGUGAAACGAAGUCAUUAUUUUUAUGUAACUCUUGUUUGGAGAGAAAGGAGCUAGACAUCCACACCACUCCUUGUAAAGCAAACAGUGCUCUUAAGGGAUCGUCUAACCCAAGUGUGGUUCCAAAAACUAUUCUUAGUAAGUCAAUAUCCAGUCCUCGCCAAAGUAGCAGGCGAGAGCAGCCAACAAAAAUGUCACCUGAGCCAGAUGUGGUUUCAGGAACUAUUCCGAGUGAGCCAAAAUCCAGCUCAAAAAGCAACAGCCAAGGGAGACUAACCAGAAAGGACGUGCGGCUGCACAAGCUUGUUUUUGAGGAUGAUAUACUGCCAGAUGGGACAGAAGUGGGUUAUUUUCUUGCUGGAAAGAAAUUGCUUGUCGGCUACAAGAAGGGGUUCGGGAUACAUUGUACCUGUUGCAACAAAGUGGUCAGCCCUUCAUCGUUUGAGGCCCAUGCUGGCUGUGCAAGUCGUCGAAAGCCGUUUCAUCACAUUUAUACAACCAAUGGGGUGUCUCUUCAUGAGCUAUCAGUAGUACUGUCAAUGGACCAGAGGUUUUCCGUCCUUGAAAAUGAUGACCUUUGCAGUAUCUGUAAGGAUGGGGGUGAACUCUUGUGUUGUGAUACCUGUCCAAGAUCAUACCAUAUAGUGUGUGCUUAUCUACCAAGCCCUCCAAGUGAGAGGUGGUCCUGCAAAUUUUGUGUGAAUAAUAUUGAGAGAGAGAAGUUCGUGGAGAGCAAUCCCAAUGCCAUUGCAGCAGGUAGAGUUGACGGAGUUGAUGCAAUUGCCGAGAUAACUAAAAGAAGCAUUCGAAUUGUCAGCUCCUUUGAGAGUGACCUCCCAAGUGUAUGCGUGUUAUGCAGAGGCCAUAAUUUUUCCAGGUUGGGCUUUAAUCCUCGCACUGUGAUCAUCUGUGAUCAGUGUGAAAAGGAGUUCCAUGUUGGCUGUUUGAAAGAACAUAACAUUGCUGAUCUCAAGGAGCUACCUGAAGAUAAAUGGUUCUGUUCUCUUGGGUGCAAAACGAUCAACACUUCAUUGGGCGAUCGGAUAGUUCUCGGAGAAGAGAAGCUUAGUAACAACUUUCUUAAUUUUAUAAGGAAGAAGCAAAAAGCUAACGAAGAAAGCUGUCCAGAUGACAAUUCCACUCCAGACAUAAGAUGGAGGGUCCUUAGUGGAAAGUUGACCUCUUCGGAUGAUACAAAGUUGCUUGCGAAGGCACUUUCUAUUCUUCAUGAGCGAUUUGAUCCUAUCUGUGAAUCUGGGACCAGGGGAGAUCUAAUUCCAGCCAUGGUUUACGGAAAGAAAGCCAAAGGCCACGAUUUCAGUGGCAUGUACUGUACCAUGUUGACUGUGGAUGAAGUGAUUGUUUCCGUAGGAAUCUUUAGGAUUUUCGGUUCAGAGCUUGCGGAACUCCCUCUGGUUGCUACCAGCAGAGAUUGUCAAGGACAGGGUUACUUCCAAUGCCUGUUUGCUUGCUUCGAGAGGCUACUCGGGUCACUAAACGUGAAACAUCUGGUGCUACCAGCAGCAGAUGAAGCCAAAUCCAUAUGGACCGACAAAUUUGGUUUCAGCAAGAUGACCGAAGAGGAGGUGAAAGAAUACAGAAAAGACUUCUCGGUGAUGAUCUUUCAUGGAACAUCUAUGUUGAGAAAGACAGUGCCUGCAAUGAGUAAACCUGAGGAGGACAAUAUGGAGGAGUAAAAGCUCAAGGUUGUCUUUAGUUUUCUGGAAGUUGGUGAAACGAUUUGAAGUUUUUUUUUAAUUCUUGCCUUUGAUCUAAUUUCGGGUAGUAGCCGUAUUCGUGUACAGGUUUUUUCCCCUACUGUGUCUUUCUUAACAAUGGAAAGAGAAGAAAGAUACAGUGAGGGGAAGAGAAUUUGGUUUUGGUAGAAGAUUAGAGAGAGAAAGAGAGGGAACAAGUUUGAGAAGUAAAUGAGUAUAAGCUACUCCUAACUCUUCUUUGGGCAUUAUUUUGGGGUUUGUUAUGAUGAUAUAUGCAGCUAAUUUUUUGUAUUAUUUGAAGCCAAGAAAGAGAAAAAAUUCUCAAUUUCACCUUAUCGGCUUUCAAACUAGCAUUAUUUCGACUUAAAAAAAAUGUAAUCUGACUGCUUACAAUAAACAUGUAUAUAUGCCAACUUUAAAUGUAAUAUGACUGUUAACAUUGUUAUAAAUAAAUAAAUAUAUAAUAUAUUGUAUAUACAAUCAAA